CGCGGGGCGCGGCCGGCGCGGGGGGCGGCGGGCAGCAGUGGGGGUCCGUGGCGGAGACGUACAUCGCCCGAGAAGGCACCUGCGCCUCCUACUCGGCCUCGCUCGUGGCGGCCGAGGCCCCGCCCGCGGGGCCGCCGGCGCGGCCCGCCGCGCCCACGGCCGAGGAGUUCGCGGAGUCCGUGCGGGGGAGCUCGCUGCCCGAGGGGAUGAAGGAUCUGGACGCCCGACAUGGGAGAUGAUCACGGGCGAGAAGUUGCCUGGGCCUCGGGCGGAGGAGGCUGCGGAGGACCACGACGUCGCAGGUGGUGCUGAGGAUCAGGCGACGGGGACUGAGCACAUGGGCCGAUGCUUGCCAGGGCGUGUGCACCAACCCUGGGCUCAUGACGAGCAUGGGCAGGACCGGUGUAUGUGCGCAGUUCUCGUCCUCAAGGUGGUCGGGGGCGAGCCCGACCCGCUGAAGGACAUCCAGGGCGCGACCGAGGCGGCCGCCAUGCAGUACUACUGGGCCAUGAGCACGCCGGAGCUGCCGUCGGGGGGCGUCUGAGUCGACGAGGCCGAGCUGGGCGGCAGGUCGCUGCGGGCAGGCGCGCUGUGCUCUCGGGGUGGCGCCCAGGAGAGAGCCGGCGGCGAGGACGACUGGUGGCCACCGGGCAGCACGACCGGGCCUCGAGUGCGCUGGAGCCCGGGCAGGGCCUCGGGCGCAGCCUGCUGUGGGCGGACGCGGGCCAGGGUAGCCACAGCACAGAUCGGAGGCUGCCAGACGGGUUCGCUGGACAAGGUUGGUCUCGCCAGACCUGAGUCAGGAGGGGAA